AUGGGUGCUAGAGCGAUAGGAAAUCCUGGAGUUGGUGUUGGAGUUGCAGUGGACCCCAGAGUUGAUGUUAGGCCUGCGGAAGAUUCGCGUAUGGAAGGAGUCCUCAGAAUAUUAGAGAGGAUUAGGAAUAUGUUGGACAGGCAAGCUCAAGAGCGAGAUAAUGCGACCGCCCAGGCUGAUGAGGCCGCACCGAUUGCUGGUGAUGGAGGAAAUCAAGCCCAGCAAGGGCAGGCUCAACCAACAGGGUUUCAUGGUAGUGGUGACCCCGAGACUGCACCGAGAUGGGUGGAAUCAUUGGAGAAAACUUUUAAAGUUUUGGGGUGCACCAAUGAAGAGAAGGUAACUUUGGCGGUAUAUCAGUUACAGGAUAAUGCCAAUGAUUGGUGGAAGGCCACAGAAGGCAGAGUAUUUCGUGAAGGAACGGCCUCGACUUGGGCGGUAUUUAUUGAGAAUUUCUAUGAGAAGUAUUUUUCGGAGAACGCCCAAGAAAAGAAGUUGAUGCAAUUUAUGCGAUUACGCCAAGGUCAGAUGACAAUUGACCAAUAUGAAGCAGAAUUUGCGAGAUUGGCAAAGUUUGCCCCGACAAUGGUAGAAAAUCCACGGGAUAGGGCUAGAAGAUUUCGUGACGGUUUGAAGCCGGAUCUUCGGAGUCAGAUAUUAUCGCUCGACAUUAAAGAUUAUGGAAAAUGUAUAGGCGGGCUCAGAUUAUCGAACAGGAUAUGA